CGUUCCCUGCCAGCACUCGGCGAGAGCCCGAGCGGCAGCGGCGCAGGGCUCAGCCCCGGGGCGGAGCUGGUGGCGGCCCAGAGGAGGCGGCCCGGCCGCAGCAGAGCCGGGGCUCAGGGACACAGCGAGGCUCGGCCGGCGGAGCGGCGGCAUGCGGCGGUGUCGGGGCGCGGGGCUGGCGGCGCUGGCCGCGCUGCUGCUCGCAGUGGCUGCGGACACAGACCAAGUGCAGCAGACGCCGUGGGUUGAGACCACCGAGGGCACCAGUCUGAACCUCACUUGCCAGCACCCCAAAAUUUCUGCCGACUCUACCCACUGGUAUCGCCAAUUCCCACACCAAGCACCCCAGCUGAUAGUGAUGGCUGUCGUAGGCACAAAACCCGUUCUGGAGCCAGAGGGCAGUCUGACGGUGUCGGCAGAUCGGCGAUCGAGCGCGUUGUGGCUCGCUGGGCCCCGGCGCGGGGACGCGGCCGUGUAUUACUGCGCGCUGGCGGCCACGGCCAGAGGAGCCGGGGCUGCGGCCGGGCACGAACCGCCGCGGGCGGGGCCGGCCGGGGCCAGCAGGGGGCGCUGCCGCUCCGCCCGCCGGGGCCGCGUCUCCCCUGUCGGCCCGGGGUGCCGGGGCUCUGCCGGCAUCGAAACCGACACCGGCAGUGGAGACCGGGAUCCACACCGGCACCGACAAUGGACAUCGGCAUCGACGCCCUCUUCAGCACCCACACCGAUACCGGCACCCACACCGGCACCGAUAGCUCCGACUUGA